AUGAAUCCCUCUCCAAAUCAAGAUGGCGCGACUGACUUGGACUUUGAGAAGAAGAAAAGUGAAGCACCUGAUGGUGGAUUUUUGGCCUGGACUGUGGUGUUAGGAUCGUGGUGUGUGCUAUUUUGUAGCUUUGGAUGGAUCAACAGAACCUUGGAAGAGAAUUCUAUGAAUAUUAACUUUGACCCUAGGUAUUGUUGUCUUUCAAGACUACUACAAAUCGAGGCUAUUAAGCGGUUACUAGGCGAGUACAAUUGCCUGGAUUUUUUCUUUGCAAAUAUUCUUUAUGUAUUGCAUGGGGCCAGUGUCUGGAUAUUUAUACGACAACCAUGGGCCUCACUACUCGAUUCUACUGGGAACUUUUCUUCACGUCUAUGGUUUAAUGAUGUGUUCAAUCUCUACGAAGUACUAUCAGGUCCUGCUUUCGCAAGGUGUAUGCAGUGCUAUUGGGGUAUCGAUUAUUUUCCAACCGGCGAGUAG